CAAAAGGUAGAACAGAGACAAGAUAGGAAAAAAAAAAAAAGAAACUGCUUUCCAAUCGCAGCCGCCUCCCAUGGCGACCACCGCCUCCCUCCUCCCUCUCCCCUCUCGUCUCCCUGCCCCCUCCUCUCCCCGCCACCUCCACCCCUCACCGUCUCCCUCCCCUCGCCACCUCCGCCCCUUGCCACCGAUUCGCCGCCUCCUCGCCGCCCGCCGCCGCCACCCCGACGCCGUCGUCGUCGUCCCGGACGCCCGCCCCUGGGUCGGCGAUCUCUCGGGCGCCGCCGCCUCCUACCGGGACGGCAGCGAAGAGGACGAGGACGAUGCAGGGGAGGAGGACGGCGAUGAGGACGAGGACCGCAGCCUGGACCUCCUGGUCCGGUUCCUGCACUCGGUGUUCAGGAAGGUCUCCCGCCGCGCCCGCCGCGCCGCCAGGUCCGUGCUGCCGCCUUCCGUCCCCGCCGAGCUGGUGAAGUUCUCGGUCAACGGCGUGCUUGUUCUCACGUUCCUGUGGAUCCUAAAGGGGCUACUUGAGGUGGUUUGCACAUUCGGAAGCAUGGUGUUUGUUAGCAUCCUUCUUGUCCGUGGAAUAUGGUCUGGAGUGACUUACAUCAGAGAAAACCGAUAUAGCUAUAUUCAUCAGAUUGACAAUGAUGACAACCGAUGGAGCAGAGUACAGACUGCUGGCUGAUCAUUUGAUUUCCUCGAGUGCAUGCAUAAAUUUAGCACCCAAAUGGAUCAUUUAGUAAACCUUUCCUCACUAUUAAGGCAGCUUGCUCCCAGUUCAGCGCCAACCGCCAAUAGCUGUUGCUAUACUGCACAGUUGCACAAGAAGAAAAGGAAUCCCAUGUAUUCGUAGAAAUACGUGGCUUUUUCUUCCUCUGGAAACGUGCAUGAGGGAUGGUUGAGUUCAAAAGAAUUAAUAUGUGCAAAACAAUCCAGCGCACGGAUGAAUGAGAGCUGGCGCUGCUACUGUGAUAGAUUUUCUGGUGAUCGAGUUGCAUAACUUUUUGCUUCAAGAGACGUAUUGGUCCCUAUCAGUGUAUGUAUUCCUCCAUGUAUCUGUAUAAGAACUCAUGUUUGUUGUAUGAAUGGCGGUGCACAAUCCGUUGGUUAGAAGUGCAUUGCACUUCCAUUUUAUUUGAAUCUCACAGAGAAAUAUGAACUAAUAAGUACCAUGUUUUUUUUUUGUUUGACAUUUGUAUUCUGAAGUGAUUGUUCUGGGAUGCAAAUAUGCAAUGAACCUGAAAUAUACAAAAGCCCCACUUUGGA